AUGGAGGAAGACAGAGCCCUUGUGGAUGUGGGCAUCGCAGCCGAUAUCGAGGCCAGUCAACCACCACCACCUCAAAAUGUAGUCAAACAGCCAAAGAAGCGAUUCGUCGGCAGACGGACCGCCGCCGAGGCCGCCGCAAAGAACAGUUCAAGCAAUGCUUCAUCAUCCAUUGAAGACAGCGGAGCUAUCCAAGUGGCCCAACCAAGGAGAGCCCCCAGACUCCUCAACCAAGUCCCCCCCGAAAUCCUCAACGACCCCGCCCUCAAGUCCGCCAUCUCCCUCCUCCCUUCAAACUACUCCUUUGAAAUCCCCAAAACCAUCCACCGCAUCCGCUCCCUCUCGGCCAAAAGAGUAGCCCUCCAAAUGCCUGAAGGCCUCCUCCUCUUCGCCACCACCAUCUCCGACAUCCUCACCCAGUUCUGCCCCGGCAUCGAAACUCUCAUCAUGGGCGACGUCACGUACGGCGCCUGCUGCAUAGACGACUACACCGCCCGCGCCAUGGGCUGCGACCUCCUAGUCCACUACGCCCACUCCUGCCUCAUCCCGGUAGACGUCACCAAGAUCAAGACCCUCUACGUCUUUGUCGACAUCUCCAUCGACACGACCCACCUCCUCGCCUCGCUGGAGCGUAACUUCUCCCCCGGCAAAACCAUCGCUCUGGUAGGCACAAUCCAAUUCAACGCCACCAUCCACGGGGUCAAGUCCACGCUCGAGAAAGCCGGGUUCAACAUCAUCGUCCCUCAGAUUGCCCCGUUGUCAAAGGGGGAGAUAUUGGGGUGCACCUCCCCCAACCUGUCAACGUACACGACCGACCCGGUAGAUCUGAUCCUUUACCUCGGUGACGGGCACUUUCACCUCGAGUCGAUCAUGAUUCACAACCCUUCCAUCCCGGCCUACCGGUACGACCCUUAUUCGAGGAAACUCACUCAUGAAGUCUACGGUCACGACGAGAUGCAGGGUUUGCGGAGGCAAGCGAUUAAGACGGCGAAAACGGCCAAGAAGUGGGGGUUGAUUCUCGGGUCGUUGGGGAGGCAGGGGAACCCGCAUACGUUGUCUCUGAUAGAGGAGAAGCUGACAAAGAUGGGGAUUCCGUUUGUGAAUUUGUUACUGAGUGAGAUUUUUCCUGGGAAGCUGGGGAUGAUGAGCGGGGAAGGGGAGGUGGAGUGCUGGGUGCAGGUUGCUUGUCCACGGUUGAGUAUCGAUUGGGGGUAUGCGUUUCCUAGGCCGCUGCUGACGCCGUAUGAGGCGCUUGUGGCGUUGAAUGAGAGGGAGGAUUGGGGAAGUAGUGCGUACCCGAUGGAUUAUUAUGGGAGGGAGGGGUUGGGGAGGACGAAGCCUUUGGCUGUUUGA